CCACAAGAAAACCACAAAACCAAGAUGGCGGUGCAGGAGACAGCAUCUCAACUGUCCAUGGCUCUCAAAGUCCAGGAAUAUCCCACUCUGAAGGUCCCCUACGAGACUCUGAACAAGCGAUUCAGAGCAGCUCAAAAGAACAUCGACCGGGAGACGAGUCACGUGACAAUGGUGGUCGCGGAGCUGGAGAAGACCCUGAGCAACUUCCCGGUGGUCGACUCUGUCGUGUCACUGCUGGAUGGAGUGGUGGAGAAACUCAGUGCCCUGAAGAGGAAGGCUGCAGAGUCCAUCCAAGCCGAGGACGAGAGUGCCAAGCUGUGUAAACGUCGCAUCGAGCACUUGAAGGAGCACAGCAGCGACCAGCCGGCCUCGGUCAAUCUGUGGAAGAAGAAGCGCAUGGACCGCAUGAUGGUGGAGCAUCUGCUGCGUUGCGGCUACUACAACACAGCUGUUAAACUGGCCAGACAGAGUGGUAUAGAGGAUCUGGUGAACAUAGAGAUGUUCCUCACAGCCAAGGAGGUGGAGGAGUCUCUGGAGAGGCAGGAGACAGCCACCUGCUUAGCCUGGUGCCAUGACAACAAGUCUCGCCUCCGCAAGAUGAAGAGUUGUCUUGAGUUCAGUCUAAGAAUCCAGGAGUUCAUUGAGCUCAUCAGGCAAAACAAACGCAUGGAUGCAGUCAGACAUGCAAGGAAACAUUUCAGCCAAGCAGAAGGUGGACAGUUGGAUGAGGUUCGGCAGGUGAUGGGGAUGCUGGCCUUCCCAUCAGAUACACACAUCUCUCCUUACAAGGAUCUUUUGGACCCAGCCCGUUGGAAGAUGCUAAUCCAGCAAUUCCGGUAUGACAACUACAGACUGCAUCAGCUUGGAAACAACUCUGUCUUCACUAUAACCCUACAGGCCGGUCUGUCCGCCAUCAAGACACCUCAGUGCUACAAGGAGGACGGUACCUCUAAGAACCCCGACUGCCCGGUGUGCAGUAAAUCUCUAAACAAGUUGGCACAGCCCCUACCCAUGGCCCACUGUGCCAACUCCAGACUAGUGUGUAAGAUCUCUGGGGAGGUCAUGAAUGAAAACAACCCUCCAAUGAUGCUUCCUAAUGGAUAUGUCUACGGCUACAACUCCCUUCUGUCCAUCCGCCAAGACGACAAAGUGGUCUGUCCCAGAACCAAAGAGGUCUUCAACUUCUCUCAGGCUGAGAAGGUCUACAUCAUGUGAUCACCCGGAUAAACCCCCGUCUGAGUGUCGACAUGAUUGAUUAUGGUCCCAUCACCUGGCCUUUUCAGAGAGGCACUUGCGGAACCCCCCCCCACACACACACACACACACACAGUACUCCACCGUCUCCCAAAUCAACGAUCAACUCCUUCGCACCCUCUCCUUUCAAUUGUAUCACACAGAAACUGGGCUCUCCUCCAUUCUGACUUCUUUCACUGUGGCUAGGAGUUGUUUGAUCUGAUUCAUUCAAGCACAUAAACUACCAAUACUGUCAUUACCUUUUUCAAGCCUUCACUCUGAAGAUUAGAGACUAGCGAAAAGGACCGAGGGGCUGAAAAAGGGCUAGGUAGUUGUUGGAUUUUACUACAGCAAAUAAAAUCUUGUUGAGGUUACUUUGCCUUUUUUUCCUCCCCUUUGUUAAAUAAUGUGGCAGGACUGUGUUAACUCAUUACAUUUAGCAGAUUAACACUUUAGAUUUGGGCCUUUUUGGACAGACGUGGCUGCCUGGUCUCAUAGUACCAUCUUAUUAUGUGAUGCAUGCGGUUUGUCUUCUAGCCAUGUGUGUGUCGGUGGAUUGUCGAGGCCAUAAAUGUGUCCCUUAAACUGCCUAAUGACAUUCUUGUAUUUCACCCCACCUUGGCUGUGAAACCAGAGCCUGAUUGAGUUGCGGGAGGCUCUUUUUCAAAUGUAAAUAUUAGAUAGGAUUUGGUCAUUCUCAUGUGUAAAUGUGGGGUUUUUUGGGGGAGGGGGACAAGUAACGACAACACAAUUCAACCGUUUACAAUGAUUGCUUUGUGAACUGAACACAUGUUUUUUAGGCUGUUAAACCUCACAUAGCCUUCAGUAUCCUCACGUUAACCGGUAGUUGUGUGUAACUUAUGAUUCCCGGGGAAAGCUGUUAGUUUUACAAAUUUGAUAAUGUUAAUUAUGGUGCAUUUAUUACCGUAGUGACAUUUCUCAACAUUCAGUCUCUGCAACUGUCUCUCGCUUGUUUUUAAUGAACAAAUUGUCUUCCUUUUUGUGUGUUUUGCCAUGUUCACUCAUUGAAAAUAUGGACUGUCUUUCAAGACGCGUUACGCAGAUAAUUCAACCCAUUUUUUUAUUAAUUCCACAAUUCUUUUUCUGUGACUGUGGUGAGAUUUCCUCCCGUUUGAGAUACCUGUGGCACCAACAUGCUACAACGUUUGCUCCUCAGAAACAGAAGUACAUCACCCUCAUCAACAAUUACUGUAGUUUCAUGCACAACAUUUUCUUUAUUUGUGAAAUUUACCAGAGAUUUCCAGAGAGAUGGAAACCUGUGCAAAAAGAGCGGGACUGUUUCAUCAAUGGCAUGACAAAGAAGGAAGAAAUUACCCUUCAGUUUUUCUUGUCUGUAUUAGAUGGACGGACUUGGGACAGCACACGAUACAUGAAAAUGUUGAAUGUGAACAUGAAUAUUAACUUAAUUGCCAACUCAAAAAUUGUGGGAAAAAAAAGUCUAUGAAAAACAACGAAACACACGAACAAGGUCAGUAUUUUUCUUUUUUUUUUUUCUUUUUGUCAUUUAUUAAAAAGUGAAAAUAUUUCUAAUUUGUGUCCAUAAAUGAUUUGGAAGUGUAUCUGUAAAGACACAAAGUGUUGUUUUGUGUUGCUAGAAUAGAUGAGGGAUUGUCCCAUGAGCAAUAUGCCUCAUAAAGAUUUCAGUGAACUUUGAUUUCAGUGUUUCUUUCUUUGCCCCUGUGGGCUCUAAAAUCAGCUGUACCGUCUCCCCCGUAGGUGGGAUGACGUAAACUGUCCUCUUUGUCAACAUGGAAAUGCAAAGGGUUUUGUCUUCUCACCUGAAACUACCCUAAUCUGCUUGAUCGAAGUUUGUUUGCAUUUUGUGUGGACAAUGGUUUGGUAUUGCAUACAUGUUUUAUACUGUUAUUUGUACACAUGGCAUACAAGUAUAAACUAAGGCUUUUUGGCACCCUGCAA